UUGUGCGCGCGUUCCGGACGGUAGUGAUUGCCGUGUGUGUCUCGUCGUCGUCGUCGCUGUUAUAGCCGUCGCCGUCGUCGUCGUCGCUCGCGUAGUCGUAGUUCGUGAGAAAGCAGAGCCAAAGCGUAGCUGGUAAAAAACGUUAUACGAAAAAAAUGUUAGCGAAAAUGGUCAAUAAAUAGAAAUUGAAACAAUUGAAAAAGAGCAAAACUUUUGCAUAGCUUAACGAAAAAAAGACGAAAAACAAACUGAAUAAAAAUUAAAAUAAAAACACUGUUAAUUGAACAAGCACAAGAAACGCCGCAGCUUAAAGUAAAAGACAGGCUACAAAUACAACAACAACAACAACUGGCGCAAAUGCAGCAACGAUCGUUGGCGUCGUCGCUGCGGCGCGUCAACAAAAAACCAGCAGCAGCCGCAGCAAAAGGAAGAAUCAAAAAACCAACAACAACGUCGGCAGCAGCUUGGCUCAAAAUGCUGCCGCUAUCGACGUCGCCGCCUCUGCUAUUGCCGCUGCUGCUGCUACUGCUCGGCAUAGCCGCAUUUAGCUUGGACAGCUGCUCAUGUUACGCGGAUGCCAUUCCCCAACAACAACAACAACAACAACAACAGCAGCAGCAACUACAACAACUCGGAGCUCAAGCAGGACAAUCGCACCAACAGCAACAGGCGCCGCGUUUUACAACGCAUCCGUCGUCAUCGGGAUCCAUUGUUAGCGAAGGACGCACGAAGAUUUUACAGUGUCAUGCGCUGGGUUCGCCGCAGCCCACAUAUCGAUGGCUCAAGGAUGGCAUACCCGUUGCCGAUUAUUCAUCCAGUCAAUUUUAUCGCAUUCACAUCACCAAGCGCGAGGAUGCCGGCAGCUAUCAGUGCAUUGCCAGGAACGAGGCUGGCUCGAUUUUCAGUGAGAAAAGCGACGUUGUUGUUGCCUACAUGGGCAUCUUCGAGAACAUAACCGAGGGUCGUUUAACGGUUGUCAGCGGUCACCCGGCCAUAUUUGAUAUGCCAGCGAUUGAUUCGGUGCCGAAGCCAUCUGUCAUUUGGCAAACGGAGGAGGGUCCACUUAACUAUGAGAUCAAAUAUGCCGUCACCCAGGCGAAUCAGCUGAUUGUGUUGAGCGCCGAUGAGAGCGAUCGGAAGGCGUAUCGUGCACGUGCCAUGAACACACAGCUGGGCAAGGAGGAGAUGAGCGCGUUUGUCCAUCUGAAUGUCACUGGCGAUCCCUAUGUGGAGGUGGCGCCCGAGAUAAUCGUGCCGCCGCAGGAUCUCAAACUGAAGCGCGGCGAGGGCGUGGCCGAGCUGCAAUGCAUCGCCAAUGCACGACCACUGCACGAACUGGAAACCAUUUGGCUGAAGGAUGGCCUGCCCGUGGAGAAUGCCGGCGUAUCGCACACCCUGAACGAUCCAUGGAAUCGCACCCUGGCCCUGCUGCAAGCCAAUAGCUCGCAUUCCGGCGAGUACAGCUGCCAGGUGCGUUUGCGCAGCGGUGGCUAUCAAACGGUCACGGCUACCGCCCGUGUCCAGAUCAUAGAGCCGCCCAUGUUCUUUACGGCCAUGCGCGCCGAGACCUUUGGCGAUUUCGGGGGUCAGGUGAUGUUGCCCUGCGAUGUGGUCGGAGAUCCCACGCCCCAGGUUCAAUGGUUUCGCAAUGCCGAACGCAUCGAGGCGCAGUUACAAACUGGCGGAUACACGCUGAAAGCUGAUAAUACGUUGAUAAUUAAAAAACUGACGCUGGAGGAUGAGGGCAUGUUCCAAUGCCUGGCGAGCAAUGAGGCCGGCGAUAAAUCUGCCUACACCUGGCUGCGUGUGAAAAGUAAGUCAACUUCGCUGCAGCCGCGCGUGAAGCGUUUGGCGCAGCCGCGCAUAUUGCGGGUGAGAGCUUCGCAUGCUGGCAUGGGAUCGGGUCCGGGAUCGGGAACGGGCUCGGGCUCGGGCUCCGGCAUGAGCGCUAGAAAUCCCAACAGGGGCAUGGGCAACGGCACGGGCAAUAAACGCAAGGAAUUUCGCUUUGCCUCGGCCCCGGUUAUGGAGCAGCCGCCACAGAAUGUGACCGCACUGGAUGGCAAGGAUGCGACCAUUUCAUGUCGGGCUGUCGGCGCACCGAAUCCGAACAUAACCUGGAUCUAUAAUGAAACUCAACUGGUCGAGCUAUCGAGCCGCGUUCAGAUACUCGAAUCUGGCGAUUUACUCAUCUCGAAUAUGCGCGCCUCCGAUGCGGGCCUCUACAUAUGUGUGCGCGCCAACGAGGCGGGCACCGUGAAGGGCGAGGCUUAUCUGGGUGUACUAGUGCGAACACAAAUCAUCCAACCGCCGGUGGACACAACCGUGCUGCUUGGCCUGACCGCAACGCUGCAAUGCAAGGUGUCCAGUGACCCCAGUGUGCCGUACAAUAUCGACUGGUACCGGGAGGGACAUCCGGCGCCCAUAAGCAAUUCGCAGCGCAUUGGCGUUCAAGCAGAUGGCCAGCUGGAGAUACAGGCGGUGCGGGCCAGCGAUGUGGGCAGCUAUGCGUGUGUGGUUACCUCGCCCGGUGGCAAUGAGACGCGCGCGGCACGUCUCAGCGUUAUUGAGCUGCCAUUCCCGCCCAGCAAUGUGAAGGUGAAGCGCCUGGCCGAGCCGCGGCAGCGCAGCAUCAAUGUAUCGUGGACGCCGGGCUUCGAUGGCAACAGUCCAAUAUCCAAAUUUAUUAUACAGCGUCGAGAGGUCUCCAAAUUGGAAAAAUCCGAUGAUCCAGUACCAGAAUUGCUGCGCAAUUGGAUCACCGAAUUGAGCAACGUUUCUGCCGAUCAGCGUUGGAUUCUCCUCGAGCACCUGAAGGCAGCCACCGUCUAUCAGUUUCGCGUGAGUGCCGUUAAUCGCGUCGGCGAGGGCUCACCAUCCGAACCAAGUAACGUCGUCGAGCUGCCCCAAGAAGCACCAUCGGGCCCGCCAGUUGGUUUUGUCGGUUCGGCCAGAUCCAUGUCGGAAAUCAUGACGCAAUGGCAGCCGCCGCUGGAGGAGCAUCGCAAUGGCCAUAUACAGGGCUAUAUACUGCGCUAUCGACUCUAUGGCUACAACAAUGUGCCCUGGACCUAUCAGAACAUUACGAACGAGGUGCAGCGCAGUUUUCUCAUCAAAGAGCUGAUUACCUGGAAGGAUUAUGUAGUACAGAUCGCCGCCUACAAUGAAAUGGGUGUUGGCUUAUACACUGAGGGCGCCAAGAUCAAGACCAAGGAGGGCGUGCCCGAGGCGCCGCCGACAAAUUUGCGUGUCGUGGCCCUGAACUCGACGGCCGCCAGGAUCAGCUGGAAGCCACCGAAUCCGCAACAGAUAAAUGGCAUCAAUCAGGGCUAUAAGAUCCAGGCGUGGCAGCAGCAUCAGAUCGACGGCGAGCCGCGUGACGUGGAGAAGCGCAUGGUGACGGUGCCGCCCAGUCUAAUCGAUCCGCUGGCCGAGCAGACGGCCAUAAUCAAUGGGUUGGACAAGUACGCCAGCUACAAUAUCAGCGUAUUGUGCUUCACCGAUCCCGGCGAUGGCACCAUCAGCCAAAAGGUGCCCGUCAUGACCAAGGAGGAUGUGCCCGAUGAGAUAACUGCCCUGCACUUUGAUGAUGUCUCCGAUCGUGCUGUUACCGUCCUGUGGGCGCCACCGCGCCACGCCAAUGGCCUGCUCACGGGCUAUACGGUGCGCUAUCAGGUGCGCGAUCGUCCCGAGACCAUGAAGUCCAUUAAUCUAACCGCCGAGGACACACAGCUGACGGUCAAUCAGCUGCAGGCCACCACGCACUACUGGUUCGAGAUCUGCGCCUGGACAAGAAUUGGCAGCGGUGCACCCAAGACGGCAACCAUACAGUCGGGCGUGGAGCCAGUGCUCCCUCAUGCACCGACCAAUCUGGCGCUGUCCAACAUCGAGGCAUUCUCCGUUGUGCUGCAGUUUACGCCCGGCUUCGAUGGCAACUCGAGCAUCACCAAAUGGAAGGUGGAAGCGCAAACGGCACGCAACAUGACCUGGUUCACCAUCUGUGAGAUCAGCGAUCCCGAUGCGGAGACACUUACCGUGACCGGUCUAACGCCCUUCACCCAGUACCGUCUGCGCCUGAGCGCCACCAAUGUGGUCGGCAGCUCGCGCCCCUCGGACCCCACCAAGGACUUUCAGACCAUACAGGCCCGUCCCAUGCACGCUCCCUACAAUGUCACCGUACGGGCAAUGAGCGCACAGCAGCUACGCGUCCGCUGGAUACCGCUGCAGCAGACGGAAUGGUUUGGCAAUCCCCGUGGCUACAACAUCACCUACCGUCAAAUGGAGAGUGUUGCGGGCGCCAUUAGGCGAACGCCGCGCAGCGUACUCAUCGAGGAUCACACGGCCAAUUCGCAUGUGCUGGACGCUCUGGAGGAGUGGACCCUCUAUGAGGUGCUAAUCAAUGCUUGCAACGAUGUGGGCUGCUCCCGGGCCAGCAAUUCAGAUGAGGAGCGCACACGUGAGGCGACGCCAACAUAUGGGCCAUUGGAUGUCCAGGCGAAUGCCACAUCCUCGACAACUGUGGUGGUGCGCUGGGGUGAGGUGCCGCGCCAGCAUCGCAAUGGUCAAAUCGAGGGCUACAAGGUCUUCUAUGCGGCCCCAGAGCGCGUCAACAUGGUGCCAGUGCUGCACAAGACCAUAACGACCAACAGUACCUUUACCACAACCCUGACCGAGCUUAAAAAAUAUGUCGUCUAUCAUGUCCAGGUGCUUGCCUACACAAGAUUGGGAGAUGGUGCGCUAAGCACGCCACCGAUGCGCGUCCAGACCUUUGAGGAUACGCCCGGUGCACCGUCGAAUGUUAGCUUUCCGGAUGUGACCUUCUCGAUGGCCCGCAUUAUCUGGGAUGUGCCCGAUGAUCCGAAUGGCGAGAUACUCGCCUACCAAGUCACCUACACGCUCAACGGCAGCGCCAAUCUCAACUAUAGUCGCGAGUUCCCACCCUCGGAUCGCACCUUCCGUGCCACCCAGCUGCUAUCCGAACGCUAUUACAGCUUUAGUGUGACCGCCCAGACGCGACUCGGCUGGGGCAAGACGGCCAGCGUGCUCGUGUACACCACCAACAACAGGGAUCGGCCGCAGGCGCCGUCAUUGCCGCAGAUCUCGCGCAGCCAGAUCCAGUCUAGUCAGAUCACCUUCAGCUGGACACCGGGUCGGGAUGGCUUCGCACCGCUGCGCUACUACACGGUCCAGAUGCGCGAGAACGAGGGUCCAUGGCAGCCGCUUCCGGAGCGCGUAGACCCGUUGCUUAGCUCGUACACAGCCCUGGGAUUGAGACCGUAUACCACCUACCAGUUUCGCAUACAGGCCACCAACGAUCUGGGCCCCUCGGCCUUCAGUCGCGAGAGCAUUGUGGUGCGCACCCUGCCCGCCGCCCCAGCCAUUGGUGUGGGCGGACUGAAGGUGGUGCCCAUAACGACGACAUCGGUGCGCGUGCACUGGAACGCACUGGAGACGGGCAUGUGGAAUGGGGAUGCAGCAACCGGUGGCUAUCGCAUCUUGUAUCAGCAGCUCUCCGACUUUCCCACGGCCCUGCAGUCGACGCCCAAAACGGAUGUCAUGGGCAUCAAUGUGAACAGUGUGGUGCUCUCCGAUCUGACUCAGGAUCGUAACUAUGAAAUUGUCGUGCUGCCAUUUAAUUCCCAGGGACCGGGUCCGGCAACCCCGCCAGCGGCUGUUUAUGUCGGCGAGGCGGUGCCCACCGGAGAACCGCGCGCUGUCGAUGCUGCGUCCAUAUCCAGCACCGAGGUGCGCCUACGCUGGAAGCCACCCAAGCAGAGCAUGCAGAAUGGCGACAUUUUGGGCUACAAGAUCUUCUACCUGGUCACGUCGUCACCGCAAGCGCUCGAGCCCGGCCGCAAGUGGGAGGAGGAAAUCGAGGUCGUCUCCGCCACGGCCACAUCGCACAGUCUCGUCUUUCUCGACAAGUACACCGAAUAUCGCAUCCAGCUGCUAGCCUUCAAUCCCGCCGGCGAUGGACCACGUUCUGCACCCGUUACGGUCAAGACGCUCCAAGGCGUGCCAAGCGCUCCGCUCAAUUUGCGCUUUUCGGACAUCACAAUGCAGAGCCUGGAGGUCGCUUGGGAUCCGCCCAAGUUUCUCAAUGGCGAAAUUCUGGGCUAUCUGGUGACCUACGAGACCACCGAGGAGAAUGAGAAGUUCAGCAAGCAGGUGAAGCAGAAGGUAUCCAAUACUACGCUGCGCGUCCAGAAUCUUGAGGAGGAGGUCACCUAUACAUUCACCGUGCGCGCCCAGACCAUUGACUAUGGACCCGCGCUUAGCGAGAAUGUGACCACAGGCCCACAGGACGGCUCGCCCGUGGCACCGCGCGAUUUAAUACUCAGCAAGACGCUCUCCAGCGUCGAGAUGCACUGGAUUAAUGGACCAUCCGGUCGGGGACCCAUUCUCGGUUACCUCAUCGAGGCCAGGAAGCGCGAUGAUUCGCGCUGGACAAAGAUUGAGCAGACGAAGAAGGGCACCAUGCAGGACUUUACCGUUAGCUACCAUAUAUUGAUGCCAUCGACUGCGUAUACAUUCCGCGUGAUUGCCUACAAUCGUUAUGGUAUAUCGUUUCCGGUAUACUCCAAGGACUCCAUAUUGACCCCAUCGAAGCUACAUCUGGAAUACGGAUAUUUGCAGCACAAGCCAUUCUACAGGCAGACAUGGUUCAUGGUCUCGCUGGCGGCCACAUCGAUAGUCAUCAUUGUGAUGGUCAUUGCCGUGCUUUGCGUGAAGAGCAAGAGCUACAAGUAUAAACAGGAGGCACAGAAAACGCUAGAGGAAUCCAUGGCCAUGUCGAUUGAUGAACGCCAGGAGCUGGCACUGGAGCUGUAUCGUUCGCGUCACGGCGUCGGCACAGGCACACUGAACAGCGUGGGCACACUGCGCAGCGGCACGCUUGGCACCCUGGGCCGCAAGUCGACCAAUCGACCCCCGACAAGUAUGCAGCUAGGCAAGAGUCCUCCAAGGCCGUCGCCCGCUUCGGUAGCCUACCACAGCGAUGAGGAGAGUCUUAAGUGCUACGAUGAGAAUCCGGACGACAGCAGCGUUACAGAGAAGCCAUCUGAGGUGAGCAGCUCCGAGGCCUCCCAGCACUCGGAGAGCGAGAACGAGAGCGUACGCAGCGAUCCGCACUCAUUUGUAAAUCACUAUGCCAAUGUCAAUGAUUCACUGCGUCAAUCGUGGAAGAAGACAAAGCCGGUGCGCAACUAUUCCAGCUAUACUGACUCCGAGCCGGAGGGCAGCGCAGUGAUGAGCCUCAAUGGUGGCCAGAUUAUUGUCAAUAAUAUGGCCAGAUCGAGGGCGCCACUGCCUGGCUUCUCCUCAUUUGUCUGACAAUCAACCGAAUUCUAAGAUCUGAGCAACAGUAGCAGCAGCAACGUCAUCAGGGAGACAUUCGUCUAAGCAGACGCAACAGGCGCAACAGGCACACAUCAACGAAUUUCACGCCGGUAAAAGGAAACACAAACCAACGAUAUCAUCCAGUGGCAUUCCCCCUUGCUGUGUGUGUGUGUGUGCGUGUGCGAGUGUGCGUGUGUAUGUGUCUGGAUGCCUGUGACAUGUGUUUAGCUGCUGCCGCUGUGCUGCUAUAUGGACAUUUCGUUAUCUAUAUACGUAUAAUUUAUAGUUUCUAGUACGAGAGAUCUGAGAUUUACAAGCAUUUAGUUUUUAAAAAAUGUUCCACUGACCCAGCCCCAAUAAUUAUUUCUAUAAUUAUUAUUAUUUUAAUGUAAUUUUUAUAGAUUUUACUUUUUUUUUUUUUUUGUAUUUUAAUUUGUUAGUUAACUUAUUUGUUUGCUGUGCGUCCGUUGUCUGCCACGCCCACAACUAGUUCGUAACUGACAUUUAUCGAAAGCAAAAACUUGUGAUAAGUAAAUUUUUGCACGGUUUCGGUAGUGUUUUUUUUUUGUUUUUUUUUCGUAUGUAAAAUUUUCUGAUGUGUUCAGUGGGUGAAUGAUGUGAAUGUGAUUGUGAAUGAUCAACUCUUUUAGCCCUGCGCAAUCUCAUUAUUUUUUAAUAUUUAACUAUUUUACAUCUGAAGAAAACAACAAAACAAAAAAUGAUAAGAAACAAAAAAAUGAAAAAUGAAAAACGAAAAACUCGCAAAAUGCGUAGAAGAAAAAGAAAAAAUAAUUAAAUUAUUGUUCAUUUUGUUGUUGCCUCUGCCUGAACCGGAAAAUACAGGGUAUUCGGCAGGGGCAACCGCGACUGAUGCAAUCAGUUAGACAAAUGCAAAAGUGAAUAGAAAAAUAUACUUGAAGAGUAAUCGAAAGAAAUUGAAAAACAAAUAGCAUAUCCAACAAGCGCAAGAAAUGAUGAAAAGAUGAAAUGAUGAAAUGAUGAAAGGAUGAAAGGAUGAAAUGACGAUGACGAUGAUGAUUUUUUUUUUUUUUUUUAAAUGUGAAGACGCUUUACAUGUAUUUGAAAUAUCAGUAGGUAUAUAUGUAUGUGGGCACAUCUACAAAUACUUAUAGGCCAUAUUAAUGCGAUUUGCAGCACAUAAGCGACAAAUGCAACAACACAAUUGACAAAAUGACGAAGUGACGACAAACAUGACACGAAAACAAGAAGAAUAACACAUUUUCAAAUAUAUAUACAUAUGUAUUACCCCAAAUUUCCUCUCACAAUCAACAAGAUUGCAAUUGCAAAGAGAAAGUCUAGCGCUAGACACCAGAUAAAUGUUUGCUUAUAUAAAUGUAUCUAUGUAUAUUCCAAGCAUAUAUAUGUAUCGUAUGCAUUUGUAUACGGAUGGGGGGUUUUGACAGGGACAACCGUCUCUGAAUAUCGGCCGAAAACAGGCAUUAUGUAUGCGCGCGCAAAACUAUGCAUAGUUAAUAAAAUCUAGAAUGUAACGUUUUUAAUUGUUUAACUCGAAAGCAGAAUUCAAAUUGUAUAUGUCUAAGCAACAAUUUAUAUAUACUCUUUUUGUGUAUUUGUAUAUGUAUGUAUAUCUAUAACUUAAAUGACUGAUUAUAUAUUUUUCUCUUGAUUAUAUUCUGCUACUUACAUAUAUAUCUUUAUAGAUAUUUAUAAAAUAAUAUGUAAAAACAAUAUUUUUAUCAUUAUUAUUAUUAUUUUAAUUUUAUGAUAUAAUGUAAUCUGUAAAUCCCUUUGUGAAUGCGCAUUGGAUUUAAUGCUAACAAAUAUGUUUAUUAAGUAAUAUAAAUGCCUGCUCUUUUUUUUUUAUGAAAUUUACAUUUACUUCAAAGACUCGAAGCACAAUUUCAUCUAGAUAUGUAUGUAAUUCUAAUUGUUAAUUGGUCAGCAACUGAAAAAACAUAAAAACAAAAAACAAAAAACAAAACAAAAUGAAAUGAAAUGAAAUGUUUAAGUACGAGUACUAUAUAUGUAUUAAGGCAUAGGAACGAUUCAAACAGAUCGCAUUUGGAACCGCAGUCAGUGCAGUGCGAGAGGCAAGAAGCAAAGGAAGGAAGUUAGUUGAAAUCGCGCAGAAAGCGCUAAGUAUUAGCCUAUAUUUAUGUGUAAAUGUAAUUGACGAAUCAUUUGAUCCAAUAAAAAAACAAAACAUAAGUGUAUAAAA